AUGCUCCGGAACCUGUGCUGCUGCGUCUUCACCUCCCGCUCGCGCGAUGACUCCGACCAAGACUCAUCGCUCGAUCUCUACGACGAAGCGCCGCCGCAGAAUCACGCGCGCGACGGCGAACGAGGCCGAUUCGUCCUUGGAAAUCAUCAACGCGGAGGCGCCGCGAGCGGGCGGAGCGGACGGAAUCCAUCGCUCUUGAGCGAUUCGCAUCGAAGCGAUGGGGUACACGAGGGCGAUGAUGAUCUGGACGAGCACAGGCGCUCGCACGAGCGGUGCGUGAGCGCACCACCGAGAGAUUUAGGGGCGUUUUACGCGAUUGAUGGAGAAGAUGACGACGCGGGGGCGUUUGAGAAGGCGACGGAGAAAGAGAUGGCGCGCGCGAAAGCGGCGGACUCGUCUGAGGUCACGCGAAACGGAAAUGGAAGGCAUCGACGGGCGCGGAGCGUCGUGAGCGCGGACGUGGACGAGACGGCUGUGAUCGAGGUGAUGAAGAGGGAGUUCGCUCGGUUGAAGUCGCUCGAGCGGGCGCCGUCGACGCGGACGAGCAAGAUGGAGAGCGACGAUUACGACGACACGUGUCCGACGUGCUUCGACGGAUACGAGGAGGAGAAUCCACGGAUGACGCUGAGGUGUGGGCACCACUUCCACCUGGCGUGCAUCUUGGAGUGGCAGGAGUACCUGGCCGCGCACGGCCGCGAGGACACGUGUCCGUGCUGCGAUAGGCCCAUCGAGACCGAGGUGUGGAUGGAUUAG